CAAGCAUGCUGCGGAUUUUUCAAUGUUUCACUACUACAAACAAAGUAUGAGGUUAAAGUUCAUUUGUAGGAUCAGUAAGAAGUUUGGGUGAAAAUGCUGCUGAGGUUGACUUCCAUCCUUCAGAAACACCAACAGUCUGUGACAAAGAAUCUGGUGACAUCAUGGCGACAUUUCCACGAUAACUUCUUCAAGAUUAUGCCAUCGGUGUCUGCGGCAUUGGCAAAUCAGAAACCAGUUGUGGCUUUAGAAAGUACGAUUAUCACACAUGGAAUGCCAUUUCCACAAAAUGUAAUAACAGCUAAAAGAGUAGAAGACAUUGUGAAAGCAAAUGGAGCCAUUCCAGCCACCAUUGGAGUACUGAAUGGUAAAAUACAUGUGGGUUGGUCAGAAGAAGAAUUGGAGUUUUUAGCAAGCUUGAAAACUGCAGUCAAAAUUUCUCGAUGGGACCUCCCAUGUGUGUUAUCUAAGGGCCUGUCAGGUGGAAUGACUGUCUCAGCAACAAUGAUAGCAGCGCAUAAAGCAGGAAUCCCUGUGUUCGUGACUGGAGGAAUAGGUGGUGUACAUCUAGGAGGAGAAACGACAAUGGAUGUCAGUGCAGAUUUGACAGAGCUGGGCCGAACACCAAUAGCUGUGGUCUCUGCUGGAGUAAAAUCAAUCCUAGAUAUUGGCCGCACCUUGGAGUAUCUGGAGACACAGGGAGUUUCUGUUGCCACCUUUGGAAAGUCCUGUGAUUUUCCAGCAUUCUUUGUCUCAAGAAGUGGCUUUCUCUCCCCUUACAAUGUAACCAAUGAGGAAGAGGCAGCAGCGAUGAUUGAAGCUGCUCUAACUCUGGGACUGAACAGUGGGGUGCUGCUUGCUGUUCCUAUUCCAGAAGAAAAGGCUGCAAUAGGGCAUCAGAUAGAGAAUGCCAUUGAAAAAGCCGUGGCAGAGGCUAGGGCUCAAAACGUUAUUGGAAAGGAGGUCACACCAUUCAUACUACAGCGAGUCAAUGAGCUGAUGGAAGGCAAGUCACUGGAAGCCAACAUGGCACUUAUUGAAAACAAUGCUAAAGUAGGUAGCAAGAUAGCCGUAUGUCUAAGCAAGCGUAUGAAGAGAAAUGGAUUCCCUUCUGCACUUCAUACAAAGAAGAACAAAACCCCUGAAAACCAUAAGAUGCCUGUAGUGAUUGGUGGGAUUAAUGUAGACUUCAUUGCAAAAAUGAAAGAAGAAAACAUUGUGAUGGGGGAGACAAACCUUGGAAUUAUUUCCCAGUCAUUUGGAGGUGUUGGUAGAAAUCUGGCAGAUUGUCUGACCCGUUUGGGGGAGCAGCCCCUUUUAAUCUCUGCUGUGGGUGAAGAUGUGUAUUCUGAUUCUGUGUUUCACUAUUGCAGGCAUAUGAACACUAGUGGGAUUGCAAGACUGCGAGAAAACAGUACAGCCACUUACUGUGCUGUAAUUACAAAUAAAGGAGAAAUUAAAUUAGGCUUUGGAGACAUGGACAUCCAUCAGGAAAUCACCAAGAACUAUGUAUCUAAGUUUUAUAAGAAUUUGGCAUCAGCUUCUUUGGUGUGCUUGGAUGGCAAUCUUCCAGUUUCCACCAUUAAUUAUGUGUGUGAUAUUGCUCAAAAACAUUCUGUUCCAGUGUGGUAUGAGCCAACAGACCCUAAAAGAGCCUGCAAACCUUUCCUGUCUGACAGCUGGAAAUCUCUAACAUUUAUUUCACCUAAUUUGUCUGAACUUUAUGCAAUUAACCAGGCAUUAGGUCUUCCUGUUUCAUCAGCACUUCCUACUUCAUUGGAUGAAAUCCUUAACAGUGCAGCCACAUUGUCCCGGCCUCUACUAGAAUUUUUAAAGUGUGUGAUAGUGACACUGGGUGCUCAGGGAGUCCUUUUGUGUGGGAGGUCCAAAGAUGGAACGGUUUGCCUCCAACCUAGAAAAGACAACAUGGUGGACAGACUUUGUAGUAUCCAUUAUUCAGCCAUACCUGUACCAUCCAAGAAUAUAAUCAAUGUGUCAGGAGCUGGGGACAGUUUAGCAGCUGCAAUAAUGGCUGGAAUUCUCCAGGGACACACUACUGAUAUCUGUGUGAAGAUGGGUCUUCUUGCAGCUCACCUUUCUCUGGAAUCAAAGCAUCCCACUUCACCACAUAUGAACAGGGCAAAUCUCAGUCUGGAGAAGAUUCAAGCAGCAAAAUGGCCACAACCUACGUUUCGAUGGAUUGUGUGAUGUAGAAAUCCUUUAGAAUUCCGAAUUAUAUGAACAUUUUUCUUAAAAUAUUGUGACAAAUAUUUU